UAACUGAAUGAUCAUCGAUCCAACUUUGAUAGUCAAGAUCACCUUCUAUGCAAGCAUGGUGAUUUUCAUUUCCCUAACAUUCACAAGCAUUCUCUUUGGUUAACCUGAAAAGCUGACAAGAGGAUUUGAUCCCGAUGGUAAAACACAUAUUCAUAUCUAGGCAUUGCAUGUGGUGCUGAUUUUGGAUCAAAAGAAUACCCCUACAUUUAUUUCAGUAAUCCCACCCCUUCAACUUAGUAUUAAUCAGUUUGUGUGAAAUCAUGUCCCAAACCCGAUCGCUAGAAUACAAGUACAUAUAAAAUUCAAAUCAUUUAGUGCCCACACAACUGGAAUGCGUACCCAACUCUAUUGUUCAGUAAUGUAAAGCUAAAUUCUCCAUUGAUAAUCCAGACGAUUAGUUUUUAAUAUAUGAUACUUUCCUUUACAAAGGCAAUAUCUGUAUGCCUAGAAAUUUAGCUUAUUAUGAGGCAAUCAAAGAUAUAGCAACUCCUCCAUCUAGGUUAACAAACACAAGUGACGUGUUUUAUAAUAAAUGGAUGCUCCUCAUCUAUAUUAUCCUUGCUGGUUUUGCAUCAAAAUUACUGCUUGUCUAAUUAAAGGCCAAUACCUAAUAUAGUGUUUGGGCCUUGACCUUGGGAUUAUUUGUAUUUGUGGGAAGUCUGGGAAUUAUUUUUAUUUCCUAAGCAAGAGAAGCUAUCGAAAACUCAUUAGAAACUAAUUCAAUAUCUUCCUUUUAGGUUGAUGAAGAGUAUAUUUUGAAAAUGACAAAUGUGCCAGAUCCAAUAAAGUUAAUACUUUUAUCCUUUGUUUUUGUAAUACUGACAUUUUAUGGAGCUUAUUUCUUGUAUAACAAUUAUGAUAGAAUAAAAAAUCUGUCCGAAUUAUUUGAAUAAGUUGAAAAGUUUAUGGCUGAACACGAAUACCUUCAAGAAUUCUCAUAUCCAAUGAUUAUAGUACUUAAUUUCUUUCUAUUUUUAACCAUCUACACGGUUCUGUAUUAAUUCAUAUAUUCACAAUAGAUCAUUAAGAGCAUGCUUUGUGAUUGAUUUCCAAUAGGUUGGACCCUUUGAAAAGAUCUAAGGAGGAGUUCUCUAUUAUUUCCAGUUCUUGAUAUUACUCUUUUUCUUUUGGGGAGUCCAAGUAAUCUUCGGAUUGAAUAACUACAUCAUAUCAUCAUCUUUAGUGCAAUGGAUUCAAGUGGGUCACGUUCAUAAUCAAGAGUAAGAUCUUCAAUACAAUCACAAUUAAUCCUCCCUUGUUUUAACCAGAUACUUUUUGCAAGAAGCCUUUUACAACAUAGGUAAGAUAGCAUUUGCUUCACUUCUAUUAUUGAUUUCCCCAGUCAAGUUUGUGUGUGAUGCUCUGAAGGAUUGGGCAAUCAGGAGAAAAAACGAGAAGUUUAGAAAUUUCCUUGUAAAAUAUUGCUGUCUACCCUUCAUUGAGAUUUACAAUAAAACCAGACAAAUAGAGGAGGUUAUUUAUGUGGAGUUAGCAGUAAAUAGAAAAAAUAAUGUGUCUAUAAAUGUUUGCUUAAAAUUCAUUGAUGAUUACUUGGAACUGAAAUAAGAAGAUUCGAGCACAGCAGAAAUCUUCGAAUAAUUAAGUAAUUGUUCAUUCAUACAGAAUAGGAAAUACCGUUGAUUCAUUCUUGUUGAUCACUAAAAUAUUCAUUGCAUUGUUUUGUGCAAUAAUCUGUAAGGUCAUUUUGGAUUUCAAAUACUUUUCUAAAGAGAUGUAUGAGACCAAUCUCACUUGUUUAGUUGCUGCAAUGAUAGGAUAUUAUGUUGCAUCAUUGUACUUCUAAACCUAUUCGAUUGUUCUUUAAGGUUUUGGCUACAUCUAUUUGAGAACAAUGAAUAUAUGCAAAAAGAAUAAUGAAAAUUUUGAGAAGAAUCAAUAGAAGAAGAAGGACACUGCAUUUGAUACAUUUAAGAAUCUAUUUAAAGUAUCUUAUUAAAUGAUUUUAGGAAUUUUCUGAUAUCAUGACUCAAUAUGAGAAUAAACUGAAGGAAUAGAAAAAUGAGGAACUUCCUAUUUGA